AUUAAAAAUUAACUAUGUCAGGGCGUGGUAAAUCCGCCAAAUCUAGGGCAAAGUCCAAGAGUCGUUCCUCCCGUGCAGGUCUUCAGUUUCCGGUGGGUCGUGUCCACAGGCUGCUCCGGAAAGGGAAUUAUGCCCGACGGAUCGGCGGUGGCGCUCCCAUCUACCUGGCGGCUGUACUAGAGUACCUGACUGCCGAAAUUCUGGAGCUGGCCGGUAACGCGGCCCGCGACAACAAGAAAACGAGAAUCAUCCCUCGUCAUCUGCAGCUGGCUGUCCGUAACGACGAGGAGCUCAACAAACUCCUUGGCGGAGUCACCAUUGCCCAGGGUGGCGUGUUGCCCAACAUUCAGACUGUUCUGCUGCCCAAGAAGACCGAGAAAGCCAAGGCUAAGUAGAGCUGUUCGUCACUUCCUGCGCCCCCACAAAGGCUCUUUUCAGAGCCACACAACAUUCUCAAAGAGAAUCUAUUCCUCUCAAUUCAAAUGUUUUAAGCUUUGUCCAAUGUGGUAUGUAACUAUUGUAUCUACUCGUAGUGAGGUUUCCAAAAGUCGACACUGGCAGUACUCACUUCUAUCAAGAGCAUGCCUAACUUCUUUGGUGAGUAAACAAUUAUCAUUUUCAAUAGAAAAAUCUGAAUUGAACAUGAUGUUGCCGUCAUCGAAGGGAGAAGGCCAAGACGAGUUUUCCGUAACACCCACCAAGAUACAAGAUGCGU